AUGAAUAAAUAUGGAUGUUGAUGUUAUAUUCUCUUAGCUUACCAUCCUGUAUGGCCGUCAUUUCUCGGGCGUUUCUACUAUCUCCUUUCCUCCCCCCUGCAGGGGAUCGCCGUUUUAUUGACAUCAAGAAUAUGAAUGCAAGCCGUUUCUGUUACAUAUUUGCUCUAAUCCGUAGUAAAAGAUUCUUGUCUCGAUCCAACACUGAUCGUUCUUCCGGGUAACAGGCCUGCUGGAACGGGUUGCAAACCGGUUUACUGAACACCAUCAAUGGGUCUAUGCGCAAGAUCCUUGCAAGCAUCAGAGUGUCUUGAGUCGGCUCGAGGGGAUGCAAGCAAUUCCG